UAAAUGUUAAUCUAUCAUUAGUGUUGCAUUUACUUUAAUAAUUGAUUCUAACUAUAUUAAUACCAUGUUUUUAUACAUAUUUCUAUUAUUAAUUGUGUUAGUCGCUUUGGGACUGGUGAUCCACUUUUGUUUAGAUAAAAAGAUUAAUUACAAAGACUUAAAGGGUAAACAUGUCGUAAUAACGGGUGGAUCAAGUGGUAUAGGAAAAGCCGCUGCAGUAGAAGCGGCUAAACUUGGUGCUAAUGUAACUGUUAUAGGGCGGGACGUGGUGAAACUAACUGAGGCAGUAGCCGAAAUAACUUCUCAUUGCGCUGAUAAAAGUAAUCAAAAGGUGGAAUACGCGGCCUUAGACGUUACGUCAGAUUACAAGGAAAUUGAAAAAUGUUUUUCGUCAAUAGAAGAAAAGAUAGGACCUAUUUUUAUGUUGGUCAAUUGCGCCGGUAUGUGUAUAUGCGGCCAAUUUGAGAAAAUGAAAAUUGAAGACAUUAAACAAAUGGUUGAUCUGAAUUAUUUCGGUACCGCGUAUCCCACACGUUAUGUGUUGCCGGGUAUGAAGGAAAGAGAUGAAGGACUUAUCGUUUUUGUUAGUUCAGAAGCUGCCUUAAUUGGGAUAUAUGGCUACAGUGCCUACAGUGCUGGCAAAUGGGCAGUUCGAGGUCUGGCAGAGUCAGUGAUAAUGGAAUUAGUUGGUACUAAAGUUAGGCUAACAGUGGCCUUCCCACCUGACACUGAUACUCCUGGCUUAAAGAAUGAGGAUCUAACUAAACCUGAAGAGACAAAACUUAUCUCUGGCUCAGCGGGAUUGCAUUCUGCUAAUGAUGUUGGCAAGCAGAUGAUUCAUGAUGCACUUGUUGGCAAGACAUAUUCAGUGUACAGUGUUAGCGGGACUCUAUUAACCACACUGUUUGGUGGGUCAAUAGAAAAUGCUUUCCAAGUAGUGCUACAAGUAAUAUCAAUGGGUUUUCUAAGAAUCAUCAUGGUUGGAAUCUUACUUUCAUUUAACAAUAUAGUUAGGAAUGGUCUUAAAAAGAAGAAUGAGGUUAAAACAAAAUAGGCUGUUAGUUUAAUGUUGCAAUUUGCUACUGAAUUUUAGCUUUUAUAUAAGAGAAAUUUAUAACCCACAGUUCUUGCAAGACUGAUCAACACAAGGUUUUUUAAUCAACCAGUCACAUUCAGAAUCUGAGGGUUAUAAAAAUCAAUAUAUUACUGCCUUGAAUGCUUAAGUACAUACCACAUAUUAUAUUGUGUAUUUGUAAUAGAUAUAAUUUUAUAGUACAUACAGAAACUUGAAAAAGUCAUUUUACUUUUAUAUAAUGCCUUUCUCUGGUUUUUACAAGCAUUUAUUUAGUUUCAUCCUGUGUCUAUUCAAAUUAUUAUAACACAGUGCUGAUCUCAAACUAAGAAGGUGGUGUCAUAGCAUUGCAAUAACAUAAGAAGUACUUUAAUCACAGACAAGGAAAGCAUUAUUUUUGUAUAUUUCAUAAGAAAGUAUUUACGUAAGCAGGGUUUUUAUAAUAAUGUUGAUCACCAAAGGUACACAAACAUUAUAAAACAAUAAGUUUAAUAUCCUAGUAUGAUAAUGGUUAAGUCAACAAUUAGAUGACUUUUUCUUUGUAAUUGUUUAAUUGUAAUUAAAACAAGUGCAAAUACGAAAAGGAAACACAUUUGUAUUCUCUAUUUCAUUCCAAAUAUUUUUUUUUAUUUUA